CCGGAAGUGCUGGGGAAACCUCCCAAUCAGAGGCUCCGGGCGGGAAGUUUGAAUUGUGCUUGGGCUCGGUGGGAGGCGUCGCCGCGUCCAAGGCGAAGCGGGACGUGCGGACCCGAAGGAUUUUGAUAUUUUCCCCUCUGGCUGAGUUUUCACCCUAGAAGGUGCCUCAGGAUGGCUUCCUAUUUUGUGAGCCGUCACAGAAAGGAUUUAAGCACUGAGAUGAUCAGAACGAAAAUUGCUCAUAGGAAAUCACUGUCUCAAAAAGAAAACAGACAUAAGGAAUACGAACGAAACAGACACUUCGGUUUGAAAGAUGUCAACGUUCCAACCUUGCAGAGUAAAGCUGUUGCUGAAUUAGAUGAGACGGCUCAAGAACUUGUUCCAGAAAAGGCCAGUAUCAAGCCAAAGCCUGUGAAAACUACUCUAAGUGACCAGCGCAAGCAAAUGCUCCAGAAAUACAAAGAGGAAAAGCAGCUUCAAAAGCUGAAAGAGCAGAGGGAGAAAGCGAAGCGAGGCGUGUUCAAAGUGGGCCACUUCACGCCCGACGCCCCCUCCUUCCUCUCAUCGGUGCCCAGAACCAGGAACGCCGAGACGAGAAUGGUAAAUGCUGCUUCAUCUUCUGAACGAAUCACGAGAUCCAAGGCCAGGGACCAAGUGAAACCAACGAAGAUCCCUGUCCCGAGUAACGUCCGGGCCGCCGGACCUGGAGGAAGACAGGCUGCCUGCAGGAGAGCGCUGGACAAAGAGAAUAAAGCUGUGCCCCCGGCGGCGCCCCCGCCCGCCAGGAUGACGAGAUCGGCCGCCUUGGCCGCCAAGCAGGUCCCCAGGCCCGUCCCUGUGGCCACAGUCAGGAGGACGGUCACAAGGGCUGCUCAGGAUAAUGAAGCAGAAAGAAAGGCACCAAAUAAAGGAAGACCUGCCACAAAGAUCGAAACGAAAGCUGACAAGGUUGUUUCUUUUAAAGUCCAUAGUGAAGAAAAUACUUCACGGACCAGUGUCACACAUGACACUGAGCCAGAUGGAGUCUUACCGGAAAUGGAAAACUUACCUAAGACAAAUCUCGUGAGAACAAGAGGCAAGAAUUCCUUCGCGCCUAAAGACUUCGUGUUCCAGCCUCUGGAGGGUGUGAGGACCUAUCAGGUGACGCCCAUGACGCCCAGGAGCGCCGAGGCUUUCCUGACACCCAGCCUCCCCUGGGGCCUUCUCCAGCCGGAGGGUGAUAAGAUGCAAGAAAUAGGAAACCGAAUCUCGGCCCCAAAAUGUGAGACUUUUACCAAGACUUUGCAGCAAGAUUCAAGUAAAUCCGUAUGUCCCCUGGAUUCCAUAACAGUUUGCAAAGAAGAACAUGGUUUAAAUCAAAAUGAAGUUGCAACUAAAGAUUCCAAUGGCCUGUCCAUAAACGAAGCCCUGCCACUCGAGACCUGCAAAGGUCAGAUCCCUGAGCCACAGCACGAUGUAUUAUAUUUCAGAAAUAUCCUCCAGUCAGAAACUGAGAAAUUAACUUCGCACUGCCUAGACUGGGACCGGAAGCUUGAGUUGGACAUUUCCGAUGACGCUAAAGAGCUCAUCCGCACAGCAGUUGGCCAGACUCGGCUCCUCAUGAAGGAAAGAUUCAAGCAGUUUGAAGGAUUGGUGGAUGACUGCGAAUAUAAGCGGGGCGAGAAGGAGACCACCUGCACGGACCUGGACGGGUUUUGGGAUAUGGUCAAUUUUCAGAUAGAAGAUGUAAAUAAAAAAUUCAUCAAUCUGAUGAAACUUGAAGAAUCUGGAUGGCAAAACAGUAGCGCAAGCAGGAAAGUCUUACGAAAGAAACCUGUCCCCGGCGCGGCCAGCAAAGCGACAGCGACCUCAGCAGCAGACGACCCCGCGCGGGCAGCUGCCAGAAGCCGCCUGGCCGCGGUCAAGAGUGCCAUGCGUGAGCGGGUGAGGCGGGCCGGGGACGCCGACAGCGUCGUGUUCGACGGCGGCUUCUUCCGGGUCGAGAGCCCCGCCAAGUCCUGCUCGGUGCUUUCCUGUGACGGGACGCCGAAAUCGGUCACCAGAGCGGGGCCCAAGAGCAGGGCUGAGGUGGGCCGUCAGGGACAGAUGCCGCCGCCGGAGAAGCCCAGCCCUCGGAGCACGUGCAGUGGACAUGGUGAUAAGACGACUUUGUCUUCAAAUAUCCCUGAGAGCAGGAACAGUGCCGUUGGAGGUGCUCAGUGUCCCAGAUUAGAAGAUUCAAUGGAGGUGAACCAGGAUGUAAAUACGUCAAACCUGGAGACGGGGGACUUCCCCACCGAAACCGCGGGCUCGCAUCACGCCAGUGGAGCAGCAGAGGAGAUGAGAACCUGCAGGGAGCAGAGUCCGGGGGUCGUGGAAAGAAGGGAGCUGAAUUCUUCACCGACCGCACAGGAUGUGCUGAUGAGCAGUCCUGAGCACAGCUCCCCACCGCAGAGGAGCGGCUUGCCAGAAGCAGCCGCUAAAACCUCUCGGUCAGUACUAUUUGAUGCCGAAGCUCUCACGACUGAACACCACCUUCUUGAUUCACCGGGCCUGACCUGCAGCGACCCCUUCACCCCGGCAGAGCGGAGACGCCGGGAGAGGACCCGCCUGGCCUCCUUCGGCGGGAACCUGAUCUCCUUCUCCCCGCUCCGUCCCCUGGCGGCGGAACAGCCCGAAGACUUGUGAAUUUAAACGCCGGCGUUGUGCUUCCUAAAAUCUGGAGAAUGUGUGGUUGCCUUUGCUUCUAUUUAAUCCGCUGAGCCAGUGUCCCAGAAUGUUUUGAUGUGGGGCGGUCAUCCCAGUGUAUUUUAGACGUGAUACUUCCAAGAGGGGCGGGGGGUUUUGUACACUUAGCACACAGAAUAAAAAGUAGACUUUGUCUUGCC